AUGAAAUUGCCUGUUGAAAAGGCAAGCAAAAAGCCCCGCAAAGCGGGGCCUAGUGCAGGGGCAGGAGGGCCGGAUUCAGGCCAUGUUGACGGCAAUGAAGGCCAGCAGAAACAUCAGCACGGCGCCUGCCAGGGGCAGGAUGACAGGCAUGUAGGGGACGACGGCCUCGGUGGCGUCUUCGGGGGCCGGCUGCUCGCCGUGGUGCGCUGCGGGAUCGUGCGUCAUGCAAAAGCUCCUGGCUUGCCAAUGGGGAUGCCUGAUUCUAGGCAGGCCUGUCCCCUGGCGCCUUCGGGGAAAGCCAUGACAUCGGGCCUGCUAGACGGCAUUGACCUGCAUGCCUUCGGCCUGAAGGGCGGCUAUGACCUCGUCGAUAUGGGCCUUGUUGCGC